AUGGAGAAGUACGUCGACUCAACUUCAUCGGAUGAUCGAGCAGACUUCGAAGAUGCCGCACUCCUCAACACAAACUACAUCAAACAAGAGAGCCAACGGCGGCGAAACUACGUCUACAUCACACUCGCCAACCUCUUCAUCUUCACACUCUCAAUGCUGUCCUUAAUAUGCGCCGUAAUGUCCCAAAAAGACACAUCCAGCUACUCCGCUGCAAAGCUCAUGGACCAAUUCGGCAUCUUCUCACCCGCCAUGCAUGAAGUCAGCUACUCGCGCGUAAAGUUUGAACUGCCCAACCCGCUCAACUCGUCAAAAUACGUCGGCAUUACCGACGACGUCGAGAACGCGUGGAUGGACAUCGCCUACCUGCCCGACCAAAUGAUCUCCGAGUCCGACUUCCCCAAACUCGCUAAACCCUCCACCGCCAUGCGCGUCACUUCGCCCUCCGGCGAAACCGGCUACCGCGUGGGUCUCGAGGUAUUCCACCAGCUGCACUGCCUGAACCUCCUGCGCAUGUCCACAUACCCGGACUACUACACGAAGCUGUGGUGGAGCGACACCAACGAUGAGCCGGCCAAAGUGCGGGCGCAUUUGGACCACUGCAUUGAGAUUCUGCGCAUGAACCUGAUGUGCAUGGCGGAUGUGAAUGUUUUUACGUUUCAGCCCGUGGAGGGGAAGGACGGGUACUGGCCGGAUUAUGAGAGUGAACAUGUUUGUAGGAAUUUCGAACAUGUCAAGGAGUGGGCGAAUGCAAAUGCCAUGCCGGAGGCGGAUGUUUAG